AACUCCUCGUCUGAAGUGGACCGUUUACUUGGCACUCAUUCUGGUGUGCCAGACGGUGCGACUGAUCGAAGGAUAUCCUCGCACUUCCUCAGAGAUGCCGGAGGAUUCAUCGGGCGCCGGAAGUUCCUCGUCGCAGGACACGUUGUCGAUUUCAAGAUUGAUCGAAGAGGCGUACGAGCAGCAGGUGUUUCUACGACCGCAACAAUGGUCACAGAAGACCGUCGACGGAGACGACAAUUGUUGUUCACAAAGAAUCGAACAGAUGCAGAGGGACACUUCGACAGAGUCUUCGAGUAAUGGAGUGAUUCAAAGUAGAUCAAAAAGAUCACAAGGUUCGAGCACGUCAAUGUAUAGGAGUCGAGAUAUGCCGCACAGGGACGCAGGCAUGUCAAUGCACAGGAAUUCUGACGAGAAAAUUAUUUUCCCAGACGGUAGAAUCUCGGAAACUUCGAUGCUGCCGACGUUGACCUGUCGCAAAAGUACGUUCUGUGAGAACGUCGCCGACUAUCCCAGGCAACUGGUGAACGCGGCGAUACAGCAGAAUACCAGUUUGAGAUUCCUGGAGAGUGUCGAUACUGUCGAUUCGAUGUCCGAUGUUGGUGACGUAGAACAAAGGAUAGACACGGUAGCUCGCGAAUCAGUGCUUUGCCCAAUUCGCGAACAAGUGGUAUAUCCGCAAACCGCACAGAAUAAGGAAAAUCAAUGGUUGUUUAUCGUGAACCAGGAUGACUUAAAGCAAGGAAUACGCAUCGAGGUUUGCUUAAACGAAGGCCAGAAGUGCAACAUGGUCGAAGGCUUUGCCGAAGGCUACAAGACUUCCUGCAAACAGAAAUACAUUUAUCGAGAAUUAGCAGCAGUGGGUAGCGACGGUAACAUCUUCAAGGAUCAAUUCCGCUUUCCGUCGAGCUGCUGUUGUCACGUGAAGUUCACUGGCGACCCUACAGCCAGGCUAGGACUAAGACUAAACCUGUCAGUCAAUCAAACACAAUAAUGUAGAUCAAGUACCUUUUUCACAUCAAUGAUACGUUCUAGCUUCAAUAUGAAAGCUAGAACGAGCGAGGAGAAAAUAUAAAGACUUUUCAGUCUUAUUCGUAUCUACGCAGAUGUUCGAUACGUCCACGUAUCAACGCACGUUCACAAAUAGCUCAAGAUGAUUACUCAGAUUGGUUUAUCAAGUAAUGUUAUUACAUCAAGCAACUAGCUAUCGUUAACUGUUAACACUAAAA